CCGCCCUCCGUGUUCUUGUGUGAAUGAUGAUACUGGUACCCAGCCCGCUCGUCCGGCAAUGCCUGGCCCUCCUCCGCUCAAAGAACGCGACCCCCCUCUCUCCCACCACCACCGCCCAGCUCCACGCUCUCCUCCUAACGUCCGGCCACCUCCACGACAGCAGCAUCUAUCCCCUCUUCAUGCUGCACUGCGCCAGCGGCCGCCCCUCCGACGCCCACAACCUGCUCGCGCAAAUGCCCCACCCACCUCCGGUCUCCCUAACCAACUCCCUCCUCCACUCAUACACCGGCCUUGGCCACCACAGGGAGGCCGUCGCUCUUUACUCCCGGAUGCGUGCCUUCGACCACCUCACCUUCCCCUUGGCCGCCAAGGCCUGCGCCGGCCUCCGCCUCGGCCGCCAUGGCCGUGCUGUGCACUGUCGCUCGCUCGCUGCCGGCUUCGGCCGCGACGCGUACGUGCAGAAUGCGCUGAUUUCCAUGUACAUGAGCUGCGGCGAUGUUGACGACGCGGAGGCGGUGUUUGGUGCGAUGAAGAACCGUUCGGUCGUGUCAUGGAACGCGGUGAUCGCUGGGUGCGUCAAGAACGGCUGUGCAGAAAGAGCGCUGGAGGUGUUUGGCGAGAUGGUUGCGGAUGGUGCCGGGGUUGACCGUGCCACAGUUGUGUCUGUACUGCCAGCUUGUGCGCGAGCCAAGAAUUUGAGCAUUGGAAGAGCUGUGCACCGGUUGGUUGAGGAAAGAGGCUUGGGGGAUUAUGCCGCGGUGAAGAAUGCGUUGAUUGACAUGUAUGGGAAGUGUGCGGGAUUGGAGGAGGCACGAAGGGUCUUCGAUGGCCAUAAAUAUGACAAGAAUGUUGUUUCGUGGACAGUCAUGAUUGGUGCGUACGUGUUGAAUGACCGUGUGGACGAGGCCUUUAAUCUUGUUUUUGACAUGCUCAUGACUGGUGGUGCACCAUGGCCCAAUGGAGUGACCAUGGCGUAUCUACUCUCAGCUUGUUCCAGCUUGCCGUCAUGGAGGCGUGCAAAGUGCACGCACGCAAUGUGCAUUAGACUUGGGCUUCAAUCAGACAUUGUUGUUGAGACUGCACUUAUUGACACUUACGCAAAGUGCCAUAAGAUGAAGAUGAUGGAGUUGACACUUCGAAAUGGCUCAUGGCGGACAGAAACAUGGAAUGCAGCUAUCUCUGGUUAUAGUCGCAGUGAACAGGAGAAGAAAGCUGUAGGAUUAUUUAAGCGGAUGAUUGGAGAAUCGGUGCGUCCGGACUCUGCAACACUUGCAAGCAUCCUCCCAGCGUAUGCAGAAUCUGCGGACCUGACACAAGCAAGGAACAUCCACUGUUUCUUGCUGACUCUUGGGUUUCUUCGGAGCACAGCGAUCACAACUGGUUUAGUCGAUGUGUAUGCCAAGGCAGGUGACCUGGACAUAGCAUGGACACUCUUCGACAGGCUACCUGAAAAGGAUGUUAUUGCCUGGACCGCCAUCCUCACUGGGUACGGUAUGCAUGGACAUGCCCAAACUGCCAUCCUGCUAUAUGACCGGAUGACGGAGUUGGGGGUGAAACCGAACACCGUGACCUUCACCUCCCUGCUGUACGCUUGCAGCCAUGCAGGCUUGAUAGACGAAGGCCUUCAGCUAUUUGAGGAUAUGCGUAACAUUCAUGGCGUGGUGCCAAAUGUCGAGCACUACCUGUCCCUGGUCGACAUGGUUGGCCGUGCUGGGAGGAUCAAGGAGGCCUACUACCUCAUCAAAGAUAUGCCAUUCGAGCCGAGUUCCUCGGUGUGGGGUGCUCUGCUGGGUGCUUGUGUUCUACACAAAAAUGUUGAGUUUGGGGAGAUUGCGGCGAAGCAUUUAUUUGAGCUUGAGCCGGAGAACACCGGCAGUCGUGUGCUCCUUGGGAACAUAUACGCUGCAGCUGACAGAUGGAACGAUGUUCAGGAAGUCCGAAAAAUUAUGGAACGAAAAGGUCUCAUCAAAGAAUCGGGAUCUAGUUUGGUCGAGACGAGGUCUGAACAAUGCCGAACGGCGAUUUUAUAGAAUGCAAGUCUUGUACUCGUGUCAUAUAUAUCAAAACGGAUUUUUUUUUCUUUACAUGACACCAUAAAAAGGAAGUGUCUUUUCAAGAGUAAAUACAGACCACCCCAUGUCCCCAUGUACCCUUGUUUUGAUGCUGCAAAGAUUUCGCUGAGGGAAGGUC